AUGUUGGGACGUGUGCGACUCAAAGAGAACGGCAUCAUGGAUGAGGAGCUACCGACCCUGCUGGAGACGACCAUUCGCUUCCUGGCGAAGAAUCUCCACGUCAUUUGUAACACCGAUCCGGUCACGCAUCAGCUGGAGCUGAAGGACGACGUGGUUGUGCCGAACGAGAUUUGCGACAGAUUCCUCCGCUAUCAGCAGGACUGCGGGCAGGACAUCAACGAUCGCUUCAUACAGAUAUUCCGCGACACGGAGAAAACACCGCUGCGUCAUGUUAGCCUGCGCAACAGCACCAUCACGAACGAGGGCAUGCGCAUACUGUUGCGACACCAGCUCAACUCGCUGUCGAUGUGGUACUGCAACAAGAUCACGACCGCCUCCUGGAACAUCCUGAUCGAGCACUGUCGGCAGCUACGUUCGCUCGAGCUCGGCCGGUUCGUCGAUAUGCUGAAGCAUAGCGAACCGAACGAAAAGACCCCGAUCGACUUUCAGCUGCUGUUGCCCCGUCUGCAGCGUCUCAAGCUGAACGGGGUCGUGCUGCAGCCAACGAUCCAGUUCAGCCAUCUGACCGAGCUGAGCCAUCUCGAUCUGACCGCGUGCAUCUUCGCCGAGUUCAGCCUGAAGGCGCUGGUCGACCUGCCGAACCUGCGCACACUCAUCCUGUUCAAUGUGUGGCCGCUGGAGCACGAGUUUCCGACGCUGUGCAAGCUGAAAAAUCUGGAAACGCUCGACCUGUCCGUGUCACGCGCGAACGUCGAUGGAAACUAUCUAACGCCUAACAAAUUGCUAGCAAACUUAGUUGAAAAUCUACCAAAACUGCGACAUUUGGACAUCUCCGGUACGAACCUAGCCGGUGAUGGUGUGGCCGAACGGGCCGGCUCUUGCACGGGCAACAGCUCGGACAUCCCGGGGCUGGUUAGUCGGGUGGAUCGACCGUUGGAUUUUCUCGGCAUCUACUAUACCUCUCAUUCGGCGUGCAAAUGGCACGACAUUCCGGCGCUGAGGGUCGCCGGUGAGGCAACGGAAGAACAGAUCUUGGUAGCUGCCGUGGCCUAUCAGGACCGGCACGAACUGCUGACGAAGGUACUGAACGACCUGUACCAUCUGUUACGGUUUGAAACGUGCAAACAAAUCCACAAAGCGUUGGACGUAGUUCUGUCGGCAAUGGAUAAGCACAUACGCGUAAAGAAUAUUCAGAUCAGUGGCAGUGCCACCUUAUUCUACAUCGUAAAAGGAAGGGAAAAAAUGAAGUUUGGCGUACCGUUGAAGAACCACAUCAUUCACACACUGCUGAACGGCAUGUCCACACACCUGACGGAUGAUACAAUGAUGCGGAAUGGUUGUUUAACGUUGUGCCAGUUCAACAUACCGCUCGAUGUGAUGUUUGAAUACGAGCGGCUGGUUCACAUACUUUUGCACGGCGUAUCGUACCGAGAGCAGGAAGGAUUCGUGCAGCGCAUCGCAAUCUAUCUGCUAAACUCACUAGCCUGCCAGGUGGACGGCAGCCAGAAGCUGUUUUUGGGCGAUCUCGGUGCUAUAUCGACGAUGUUGAAUUUGAUCAACGACCGAUUAUCGAGGCGUGUCUUUGACGACGUAAUGGAGGUGGCCUGGUCGACGAUGUGGAACGUAACCGACGAGACGGCCAAGAACUGUGAACGGUUUCUGGACGGUCGCGGCAUGGAAUAUUUCCUCGGCUGUUUAAAGCUAUUCCCCGAUCGGGAUGAGCUGCUGCGCAACAUGAUGGGUUUGCUUGGUAAUGUGGCGGAAGUGAAGGAGCUACGGCCACGCCUGAUGACGGCCGAGUUUAUAACCGAAUUUUCCGAUUUGCUCGAUUCGUCCAGCGAUGGCAUUGAGGUCAGCUAUAAUGCCGCUGGCGUGUUGGCCCAUAUUGCCUCGGAUGGUGCGGAUGCCUGGACGAUAACGCGACCGACACGGUACAGCGUGUUGGUGCGCAUGGUGGAAGCUAUCGAGCGAUGGGAUCUGUCCGCCGAGCGUAACAUCAACUAUCGCAGCUUCGAGCCAAUUCUUGGGCUGAUUCGCUGCUACCACACGCCACAGUGUCAACAUUGGGCCAUUUGGGCACUAGCGAAUCUAACCAAAGUCUACCCGACCAAGUACUGCCGGGUGGUGGAGCAGGAGCAUGGUAUAGAGUUGCUGCAGGAGCUGAUCGAACAUCCGCAGCCGUAUCCGCGCCUCAAGGAGCUAGCCCAGAUUGUGCUAACGCACUGUCGGAACCUUAGCGAACCGAUGAGCGGGACGGCAACGACCGGUGGCAUCAACAACACGGACCCGAACGUAAUGGAGCUGGACGGCUAA